GCUUCUGAGGUUGGUUGGGAUUUUGAAUUUUGUCGUUGGCGAUACAGGUUGGGCCAAAUCCGAACGGCUGGAUCUGGCCGCAGCGCCGGCGCUGAGGUGUGCUGUUUAUAAACUGUCGGCAGGUAGCGAGCCGGGCGCCGCCGGGGUUUGGGCCGAGCCGGAGAACCGAGUGGCAGCGGUGAGGGCGGCCGAUAAUGGCGCAGCGGAGUGCGGCGUCCUCCAGCUCCGGCGCCGGGAGUCUGCUGGUCGACUGCUCCGCCAGUGAUUCGCGCUUUGACGAUGUUUCCAAGGAGUGUUUGUUUGCCGAGGCCGCGUCGGAUGAUGCUGAAGAUAUGCCUCAGAUUCGAACCAAAGUGGUGCUAAUAGGAAAGGUUGGGGAUAGUGAAGAGAUUCUGAAAGCUUUGAAGGCAGUUAAAGAAAUGGAAGUUCCUUUGAUGAAGGUGAAGGAAAGUACGCCAAAUAGCAAGUUGGGACAUCAGUUGGUGAAAUCCAUUAUAAAUAUGGAAAUAGAGCUGCCAUAUGUUAAAUCAGAAACGGUGGAUGGUUUUGAAAACAAAAAUCCUGAAUUUGAGACUGUUGUUGUAUUGGAAGAAUUUGAUGGCCAGCCUUAUGACACUUUGCGUAAGAUGGGCACAAGAAUCUUGGGACCACCCGUUAUACUUUGCUGUGCAAGAAAAGGACAGCCUUUGCCUUUCACAUCACGGCCAUUGUACUGUACGUGUAUGUUGGAUCUCGUUUUGUGCUUCACUGGAUUCAAGAAAGAGAAAUUGCUUAUUCUUGUUGCACUGGCACAUCAUAUGGGAGCAACCAUUCGAAAGGAAUACAAUGGCAAAAUAACACAUCUUGUGGCGCAUUCUACCCAAAGCGACAAGUUCAGGGCUGCUGUAAGCAUGGGGACUCCAAUUAUGAAAGCAGAAUGGAUUUUAAAGGCUUGGGAAAGGAGAGAUGAAAUUGAUUUCCAUGUUGCUGAAGAAGGUUUUCGAAAUGAAUUUAAAGUCCCUCCAUUUCAAGACUGUGUCCUAACGUUUUUGGGAUUUUCAAAUGAAGAACUCAGAAGUAUGGAAGAAAUGACUGAAAUGCAAGGAGGAAGAUACUUGGGUCUUGUUGAUGAAACUUGUACUCAUCUUGUGGUGGAAAAUUCAGUAAAACAGCUGCCAUUUGAACCAUCAAAAAAUCUUUUUGUCGUUAAACAGGAGUGGUUCUGGGGAAGCAUACAGAUGGAUGCCAGAGCUGGAGAGUCCAUGUACUUGUUUGAAGAGUCAGGAAGUCCUGCAUUGAAGACGUCAGUGUCUUUACUUUCAUUGAGCACACCAAAUAGCACCCGCAAGAGACGUCGGUUGCGAGAUACACUUGCACAGUUUACAAGAGAGACUGAUAACUUGUCGCCUUUCCCUCCAUGCAAAAGGCCGUCAGCAGAAGCUUCAGUUUCGCUGGGAUCUUUGUUGGAUGUUUCUAAUACACAAGACUCUUGUGGAGAAACUCCCAAGUCUAACAUUAAAACAUCAAAAUGUUAUGCAGCUGUUCCUACAAAGCCGUCUGCACGGUGGCAAGUUGCAAUGGAGCUAUACCAGACAGAAAGCAAUUAUGUAGAUAUUUUAACUACAAUAAUUCAGUUAUUUAAGGUUCCAUUAGAGAAGGAGGGUCAACUUGGAGGGCCUAUUCUUGCACAAGAAGAAAUAAAAACAAUUUUUGGCAGUAUUCCAGAUAUUUUGGAUGUGCAUAGAAAAAUUAAGUCCGAUCUCGAAGAAAUUAUUCUGAACUGGUCCGAAAACCACAGUAUAGGUGGUAUAAUCCAAAAUUAUUCUAAGGACUUGUUGAAGACUUAUCCACCAUUCGUAAACUUUUUUGAAAUGAGUAAGGAUACUAUUGGGAAGUGUGCGAAACAAAAACCAAGAUUUCAUGCUUUCUUGAAGAUUAAUCAAGCUAAACCUGAAUGUGGUCGUCAAACCUUAGCAGAGCUGCUUAUUCGACCUGUGCAAAGGCUGCCAAGUGUUGUUUUGCUACUGAAUGACCUUUGGAAGCACACUACAGAUGACAAUCCUGACAAAGUCAGUUUGGAAUAUGCUAUUGAGAUACUCAGGGAAGUCAUGACGCAUAUCAAUGAAGAUAAAAGAAAAACUGAAUGUCAAAGACAAAUCUUUGACAUUGUCUAUGAAGUUGAUGGUUGUCCGGCCAACUUACUAUCAUCUCACCGCAACCUUGUCCAGCGAGUGGAAACAAUUGCACUGGAUGAUGAGUUGUGUGACCGAGGGGAACAAGUCACUUUAUUCCUAUUUAAUGACUGCCUUGAGAUAGCAAGAAAACGCCACAAAGUAAUCAGUUCUUUCAAGAGUCCUCAUGGUCAAACACGACCUCAUGCAUCCCUCAAACACAUUGCGCUGAUGCCUCUUUCUCAGAUAAAAAAAGUAUUGGAUAUUAAGGAGACUGAAGAUUGCCGCAGUGCCUUUGCCCUGCUGGUACGACCUCCUACAGAACAAUCAAAUCUACUGUUUAGUUUCCAAUUAAUUAUGGAGGAGCCCAAGAAGGACAGUUGGUUGAAGUUGCUUUGUCGACAUGUGGCAAACACCAUUUGCAAAGCAGAUGCAGAGAAUAUUAUUUUUAACACAGAGCCAGAAUUUUUAGAAGUGAACACGAAAGAUAUGGAUAGCACAUUAAGCAAAGCAUCAAGAGCAUUUAAAAAGACUUCAAAGAAGGUUACAAGAGCAUUCUCAUUUACUAAAACACCAAGGAGAGUUUUGCAGCGAGCUCUAAUGGCUCACAGUACGCCAGAUACCAAGAGUCCAAAAGGGAGUAGAACUCAUUUGGGUAGUCGGUUAGCAAGCACCAGUACCACAUCAUUAACGAUUUCUCGUUCUUCAUCCACACUUGGUGUGAAUGACUCAGUGAUGUCAGCAAACAAUGUAACUGUUCAACGCUCUAACUCCCUGGAUAGUGCACGUGUUGGCCUCAGACCUCGAAAUAUUCUACAUCCACACUCACCAAGUCAACCCCAUAUUCAUCUUGUGGACAGCCAUGCAGUCACCUUCAUUGGUGAGUCUUCCAGCAAUGUUUGAAAAAAGGUACCAUACAUUCAGUCGGUCCACAACUCAUCUGAUAUAGAAUUUGAAUUUUGGUGGAUAAAUCAAGGAAAUAGAUUUUUAAUCUGUUGCAAAAUCUUUGAAAUGAUACAGUAUCAAAUGGAACUUGGAAGUAAAUGCAAAGGUUACAUGGUGUUAAAGGAAGAUGGACUAAUAAUUCUAUGGAUUUUUUUCUUGAACUUUAUUUACAGUGAAUCUGGACAGUUGUUUAUUUGGCUGAACACUAAUUGAAGGAUUUGAUUGCUGUUUUCCUAUUGCAGUUUGUACAUUUUUGUAUGUUUAUUAUUUAUUACUUGGCUUUGGUUGCCUUUUUAACAAAAUGUAUAAGUGUUUUUAUACACUGAAUUAAACUGACAUGCUCCUGUUCGGAGAAGAGAAGCUAUUUUAAUCCAACUUGCAGGGUAGUAAGCAGAAGGAUUGGAUGAAAAACUGAUCAGUAUGAUUUCCAUUGGAAAGGAUGAAAAUUGAGCAUUGAACCUGAUCCCCUCAGUUUCCUAACUUGCAUUCUCUGUGAUUGCUGGGCAAUUAAUUGAAAUCCAAUUUUUCUAGGACACAGCAUUUUUUUUUUAAAACUGAACCUCAAUGUUUUCAUCCUAAACAGCAGAUUUUAAUGCUAUAAAGCUUGCAAAAUAAUUUUGUUCAUUGAACUGGAAUAUUUCAAAUUUAAUGUGAAAGAGAAUUAACAACAUGUUCUUAUUUUGGCUAAUACUAAAACAGUAGUCUUCAGCAAUUUUAAAAGACAAUCAUUUGGGUUUCCUAAAGCUAAGCUAAACUGAGGUUAUGAUUUUUUUUUGUAAUUAUUUAGCUAAUGGACAAUUCCUAGGCUAUAAUUGUACCUUUCCUAGAUGUCCUAUUUUUUUAAAAAACUAAACUGCAAUUCUUGUAAACAAUCAUAUUGCAUUGUUCAACAAUGACCUAUUAACAGUGCUAUGGUGUUUUUGUAUAUGUGGAUGUACUCUGCCUUGAAUAUAUCAUUAAAUACAUAUCCAUAUGAAGUAUUGCUCACUGUGGGCAUUUUCCUUUGUACUGAUACUUUUUCCCCCCUUGGGUCAGGAGGAUAUCUGUCUUGUUUAUUGUGUCAACAUGGACUGUUUCUUAAGUAUAGUGCAAAAUAAUCAAAGCUGCUAAAUGAAGGAUAUAUUGAAUUUUUAUGUAGAUAACUUUUGGACUGUAUAGUUUCAUUUAAACAUGAUAGAUGCAAAUAAAAUUGUUUUUGGAAAAAAAAACUUGUUAAAUCAUGAAUUAUUAAUGAGGUUGAUCAUCUUGAAUCUCAGAUUUAGCAUUCAAAUUCUGGAUUCAACCCAUCAACAUGACUGACUCAUUGGUCUAAGUUCAGGAAGCAACGUUAUGUUUGGAUUAAAAUUUAACUUUU